CGAUGACUUAUAGGUUGUUGAUUGCACCUAGACUUUGCUAGUAUACUUUUCGCUCAUGUGAUGUAAGACAAUAUGAAAUUCAAAUUGUUUUGUUCAAUUAUCACUGUUGCUACUUGUAGCUAUGGAGUUUUUGGGCUCUAUAAUAAGGACGUAGUUUGCGUUUUGGACAAGGGUGAAGAACCUGUAUGCAAAGUCCUUCGAAGAAAUAAUGAAGUAAAAGCCGCAACGGACGAUUUUAUUCCGUCAUAUGACCCCUACAUCCCAAGAUCAAACGUAAAGUUGUACUCUUGCACGGAAACAGAGUGCAAUGCAUUAAAACUAGAGUCCAUAUCUCAGGUCACAUCCCCCACUAUGUUCAUGCAAUCAUGCUAUUUAAAAGCACCAGAGAAGUACGAAUGCGAGAAAGUGAGAUACAACUAUUUAAAAAAUAUCGAUAAAUUACUUUUCUUGAAAAAUACUAUGCCUGACAAGCAGUUUUACAUGGUUGAUUGUUUAGUUUAUAAGAAGGGUGAGCGCAUUUGUCAUAGCAAGGACAGUGUCGACUCUCAUGCCAAAUUAGUAGACGCUGGAAAAAUAGCGAAACCCAACGAGUCAGCCAUUCUGUCGCAGGACGAAUUUGUAUGUCAACAGAGCACUGAAGGAGAAGUCCUGUGUGAUCUCAACCCUUAUAUACCGUUAGCCACAGGUCUUAAAUUCAAGGAAUCCCCAAAAAUUGCACCAGAAGUUCUUCUAAAAACUAAGAAAAUGUUCGUCCUGCUUAAACUAAAGUGCUGGAACCCGUGGUGUGGAUACACAGGCCGAGUAUUAGAAACAAGGAGAUCUUUUUCUUACAAACCACCCGGUGGUGAUAUUUACCGUUGUUUUUAUGCCGAAAGACAACAGAUUUGCAAGAAAAUUUCAAAUAUAUAUGAAGAGCGAGGAUCACUAGUGGGCGAAUAAUAUUGAUUGGUAAACUUGCGUCGAAAUAGUUUCAAAAA